AGUAGUGAAAAUACCAGUGUAAUAGGCGUCGACCGCCGAUUGCUUUUGAAAUAGUAGAGUAGAGCAGAGCAGAGGAAAUCGAAAGCGGUAGAGCUUCCCAAAAGAAAUGUGGGGGAAGGCAAUGAUGUUAAGAAACGCAGCGGGGAGUUUGGGGUUUAGGUUAAACCAAAACAGUAGGUGGAGCCAUACGGCAGCUCUCCAGGCACCCUUGGAGAGGGUGAUGGACCUAAAGAAUGAAACUGAAUCCGUUGGAAAGUCGGGAAAUAAGCAAUCAAUGGAAGCUCCCCAUUUCGGUUUUGGUGGUUCCAUGGAGCUUAUGGCCGUUCCAAAGAAAAAGGUUUCUCCUUAUAAGAGAGGCUUAAGAAAUGGUCCGAAGGCUUUGAAACCUGUUCCGGUGAUCAUGCGCUGCCGGUGCUUUGAAGUGGUGUUGGGGUUAACGAUGAACACCUGGAGAGCUUGGUUUGAAAGCGCAGAAGGGAGGAUUAUGUGGAAGAUGGUCCCUUUUGCUGUUUUCUGGAGUAUUUGGAAAGAAAGAAAUAGAAGGAUCUUCGAAACUAAGGUGACAACGAUGGAGGGCAUCAUCUUCACUAAUUGAAUGGGCUUUGGUGAGUAUUGGAUUCAUGAGUGUGCUGUGUAUCAAUAGAGGAAAUUCUCAGGAAUAGAGAGUUAAUGCCAGAAGAUAGGGGGAUCAUUGAUAUGUAAUUGGGUGUUGUGGUAGCUAGUGUCUUGAACGGCCAUGGGCCCUGUUUGGUCAUUGUUGUUUUUGUGGUUCUGUCGACUGUGAGUCUCCUUGUAUUUCUCGUGUGGUGGGUCAUUUUUCUUUUUCGAGUCACAAUAGGGUCACUCGUUGCUUGGCCCCAUUUGUACUGUUUUCUUUGUCAUAAAUAAAGUUGGUUACCCAUUAAAAGAAGAAAAAGAAAUAAGAAUUGUGGCCAAUUUUCUCAACA